AUGCGUCCGUCAAUCUUGUCUUUUGUGCUGAUGGCCGCCGGGUCCUGUGUGGCUCAGGGUGACCUCGCCGCGCUCCUCGCCUCCCAAGACGACCUCAGCACGCUCCUCGAGCUCGUCGGUCUGGUGGACGGCCUUGCGGACACCCUGUCCUCGGCCUCGAACAUCACCAUCGUGGCGCCGACGAACGAAGCCUUCGCCAACGUGCCGCGGGACAUCCCGGAAGGCCAGGCCAUCGAGCUUCGCAACGACACCGUCGCGAUCGGGGCGCUCCUUGCGAACCACGUCUUCCGAGGGGCUUACCCGUCCAGCGUCAUCACCGACGUCCCCACGUUUGCUCAGACUUUGCUGGACGACUCGUACAUCACUGCUCAGCAGCCGUUCUCUAAUUUCACCGGUGGAGCGUACAACGGACUCGUGAGGAACGGGCAGGACGUGUGCAUCCUGUCCGGAGAGCAGACCAUUUCCACCGUCACCGAAGCUGACAUAACUCUGGGUGGCAUCACAAUCCACAAAGUCGACACGGUACUCUCCUUCGGGGCGCCGUUCCAGCUCUUCACCUUCCGAGCGGGCUACCUCGCCAUGAACGCCGCGCUGGAGGCCACCCAACUCAACUUCGCGUUUGGCGAGACCGGGGCCGACAUCCAGGGCCUCAACAUCUCGGACUACACCAUCUUUGUGCCCACGGACGCGGCCUUCCAGUCGAUCGGCUCGGUGCUUGAGUCGGCGGACGUCGAGACGCUCCGGGCGGUCCUGCGCUACCACAUCAUCCCCAACAACGUCAUCUUCUCGCCGUCCCUGGGCAACGUCACGGUCCCGACCCUCCAAGGCGCCAACUUGACCUUCACCGUGCUGCCGGACGGUUCCGCCUGGGUGAACAACGCGAGGAUCACGUUCCCCAAUACCAUUCUGUACAACGGUGUCGCCCAUGUGAUUGACAGUGUGUUGAGCCCGGGAAACUUUGACCGAGCAUCUUUGGAGCCGUCGGCGCCGGCGUCUGAGCGACUCGCCUUCCCCAGCGCGUCCUCGGUCUCGAGCUUGCCCUUCUCGAGCGUCUCCUUCGCAACGGACCUCAUGAGAUACACCGCGACGCCGAGUCUGCUCCAGACCGUUGCCGCCGUCGCGACGCCUGCAGCCAAUGCCACGACCACGGCGUCGAGCCAGCCGAUCCCGGUUCCGACUGGGUCCGGAAGUGGACUGCUCCCCGGCGCGGUUGCGGUGCUUUCUGUCGCUGCGGGCAUCGCUGCAUUCCUGAUUUAG